AUGGAUUCUGACACAAAUAAAAACAAAAAAAACAACAACGAAGAACUAAGGGAGUGGGAUGAGGACUCGGACUCCGAGUCCGUGUCCAGCGAGGGGGAUGCGGGGGGUUUUAAGCUCCCCCGCAACAAGAAGGACCACCGGGCCGACGCCUUCCUCAAGAGGAGGAGGGAAGACCCCGGGUCCUCCUCUGGUGGUCGCGGGGCCUCGGCCAAAAAGGUCGCCAGGAGGCCCGUCAGCGAAGGGUCCGCUAGGGCUUCUGGGGGUGGCGGAGGAGCGGCUCAUCGGAGCUCCUCCUCCGAGGAGGAGUCGGCCAUCGGCUCCGACCGGGAGCGCAGGGCGGACUUCGAGAAGACGGUGGAGUCCGCCAUCAGGCAGGUGGCCUUAAAGAGAAAAAAGGCCAGCAAAGACGGCGCCAUUGAGGCCGCCACCGCCUCCAUCACCGCCGCAGCGGUGAGCAACUUUGGCCGGGCUCCCGUGAGCGAGCUGGCCAAACUGCAGCAGGAGGUGGGUCGUCUGACGGCCGCCCUGGAGUCUCUUGUGGAGGAGAACAGGAGUCUCCGGGCGGAGCUCGCUAAGAUGCGCGAGCAGGGGGCGGAGCGCGGUGGGGCCAGGCAACAGGCGCAGACUGCGCCGGCUGAGAGCCAGAUCCUGGCCCUAGUCCGUCAGGAGAUGGCGGCCUUCCAGGCUCGCUUCUCAGUCCUGGAGGGCAGGGUCCUGCGCCCCCCCCUCGCGGCGUCGAAGCCCCCAGCGGCCCAAAGGGCCUCCUAUGCGGCCGCGGUUGCAGCGGCACCCCCACCCAGAAGGGGACCGCCGAGCAAGCCCCCUGUCGCGGCGCCGAACGGACCGACCAGGAGGGCGCCCGCUCAGUCAAAGCCCAAGACCGCAAGGGCGGUCCAGGCGCAGAGGCCCCCGGUGCCACCGUCAGCACCGGCUCCGUCGUCGGCACCAGUGGCGAAACGCCCUCCAAAGCCGACACCGUCUGCGGCCCCUACCUCUUCUGCCACUGAGUCUGAGUGGCAGGUGGUGGGGGAAAAGAAAAAGAGGCGGAGGGCGGCCAAAGCGGCCAAAAAGAAGGCCCAGAAACAGCGGCGCAGGGAGCGAGCCGCCGCGGCGAAACUCCGCGCCCCCAAAACCGCGGCUGUAGUAGUCACACUACAGCCGGACGCGGUCAAAAGGGGCGUGUCGUACCGCGACGUGCUCGCCCAAGCAAAGGAGGCGGUGAACCUGCAGGAGCUGGGUAUCGCCUCCGGCCUCCGGCUCAGGGUGACCGCAACGGGCGCCCGUAUGCUGGAGGUCCCAGGAGCGGCCAGUGGGCCCGCCGCAGACGCUCUAGCCGAGAGGCUUAGGGCGUCCAUAAGUGCGGACGAUGCCCGAGUCUCCAGGCCCCACAAGUGUGCAGAUCUGCGCAUCAUGGGCCUGGACGACUCAGUUACUGCGGAGGAGGUGGUGGCCGCCGUCGCUAGGACGGGUGGGUGCUCUGCCGACGAAGUGAAGGCGGGCACCAUACGUCCCGACUUCAGGGGCACGUGCACCAUCACGGUGAGCUGCCCCGUGACGGCGGCCAAGCGCAUCGUAGACGGCCGAAGAUUGCUGGUUGGCUGGGUGUCGGCGCAGGUCAAGCUGCUUGACCCCCGACCGCUGAGGUGCUUCCGAUGCCACGUCGGGCAUCAUGUGGGUGUUCGUUGCACCUCGGAGGUCGACCGCAGCGCCCUCUGCUUCCGCUGCGGUCAGCCCGGACACAAGGCCGUGGCUUGUAGCGCCGCGCCGCACUGCACUGCGUGCGCGGCGGCUGGCAAGCCGGCCGAACACCGGGCGGGGAGCAAGUCCUGUGCCCCACCCGCCAAGACCAAGAGUAAGGGCAAGGGCCGGCCGUCCGUCGCCGCCACCACCACCACCUCCGCAGUGCCCACAACCGCAGCUCCUGCGGCCGCCGCCGCCUCCAACGCUGCCGCCGCUGUCAACGCCGUCGCCACUGCUGCUGUCGCGGCGCCCGUGUCUGCGUCUCAAGAGGAGGAAGACGUGAUGGAGUGCUAG